AUGGAUUCCGCGAAGCAGGCCGUCGAUGCUGUUGCUGAGGGCGUCAAGAAAGUCGCUCUCGGCAGCGCCAACAAAGAUAAAGCCCCUAAGAAGGAGAAAAAGGCGAAGAACGCUGGCGAUGUGUCGGCGGGGCCCCUUGAGCUCAACCCCCCUCCCAAGUUCUUGCAGCAGCGACUCGAUCUUUUUGAUAAGUUGAAGAAGGAAUAUGACGAAGAGCUCGCCAAGAGGCCUCGUGAGCCCAUCACCAUUACAAUGCCCGACGGUUCUGUCCGCCAGGGAACGAGCUACGAGACUACCCCCGGCGAGAUAGCCAAAAGCAUCUCCAACAGUCUGUACAAGAGAACAGUCGUUGCGAGACUCGAUGGCGAUGAGAACCAACUGUGGGACUUGGACAGACCCUUGGAGAAGAGCUGCAAGCUCGAGUUGUUGUCUUUUGAGGACGAGCAGGGCAAGCAAGUAUUUUGGCACAGCUCGGCGCACAUCCUCGGUGAGGCCUGCGAGAGGAGAUUUGGAUGUUCUCUCUGCAUCGGCCCCCCGGUAGAUAACGGCUUCUACUACGAGAUGGCGCUUCCCGACGGCGCUGCUGUCCAAGCAAGCGACUGGAAGCCCCUUGAGUCCAUCGUCGGAUCGAUCGUCAAGGAGAAGCAGAAAUUCGAGCGCCUGGAGAUGACGAAGGAGCAGCUUCUUGAGAUGUUCAGCUACAACAAGUACAAGCAGCACAUCAUCAACGACAAAAUCCCUGACGGUACGAAGACUACAGUUUACCGGAAUGGACCUUUGAUCGACCUUUGCCGUGGACCCCACGUACCCAGCACCGAACGCAUCGAGGCAUUUAGCAUCAUGAAGAAUAGUGCCUCUUAUUUUCUCGGCUCACAAGAGAAUGACUCUCUCCAGAGAGUCUACGGUGUCAGCUUCCCCAGCAAGAAGGAGCUGGCUGCUCACAAGAAAUGGCUUGAGGAGGCCGCCGCCCGUGAUCACCGCAAGAUUGGGCAAGACCAGCAACUUUUCUUCUUCCACGAGCUCUCCCCGGGCAGUGCCAUGUGGCUUCCGCAUGGAGCCCGUAUCUACAACACCCUGCUGGCCUACAUCAAGGAGCAAUACUUUAAGCGCGACUACCAUGAGGUUAUCUCCCCUAACAUGUAUAACGCAGACCUGUGGAAGAUAAGCGGUCACUGGGAUCAUUACAAGGAUGACAUGUUUGUUCUGGAGGUCGAUAAGGAGAAGUUCGGUCUCAAGCCUAUGAACUGCCCAGGCCAUUGUCUCAUGUUUGCCCACACCCCCAAGGCCUACCACCAAUUGCCGUGGCGAGUCGCCGACUUUGGAGUACUUCAUCGUAACGAAGCAAGCGGUGCUCUGUCCGGUCUUACCCGUGUUCGCAGAUUUCAGCAGGAUGACGCACACAUCUUCUGCAGAGAGGACCAGAUCAAGCAGGAGAUUAGCGGCCUAUUUGACUUCCUUAGUGAGAUGUAUGGCUUGUUGGGGUUUUCAUUCAAGCUCCGAUUGUCUACUCGCCCAGAGAAGUACAUGGGGGAGCUUGAGACCUGGAACAGAGCGGAAGGCAUGCUCAAGCAGGCUCUGGACGAGUUCGCGGCUUCGACGGGCGGUGUGCCCUGGACUCUGAACGAGGGUGACGGAGCCUUUUACGGUCCCAAGAUCGAUAUCAAGAUCUUAGAUGUUCUGAACAGAGAAUGGCAAUGCGCCACGAUUCAACUUGACUUUCAGCUCCCACAGAAUUUCGGAUUGGAAUAUGUUUCGGCGGAUGUUCCCAUCAAGCCCAAGGAUGAAGAAGCUGCCGCCGCUCCCAAGGCCCCUGAGGUCAAGAUGAAGGACCCCCAGGCCGUCGUCGACUCCGCAGCUGGUACGGGCGAAGAUGAGAAAAAGAAGCGGGUCAUCAAGCCCUUGACCACCGGAUGUCAGCGACCUGUCAUCAUUCAUCGGGCCAUGGCUGGUUCUAUUGAGAGAUUCACGGGUAUCCUUAUCGAGCACUUUGCCGGAAAGUGGCCUUUCUGGCUCAGCCCUAGACAAAUCAUGGUUAUUCCAGUCGGCAAGGGCUUCGUCGAAUAUGCUGAGGAAGUUCAGUCCAUCUUCAAGAAACAGGGCAUGUGGUGUGACGUCGACUUGACUGGAAACACGCUGCCCAAGAAGAUUCGCAGUGCUCAAUUAAGCCAAUACAACUUCAUUUUCGUCGUCGGCGACGAGGAGAUGAAGGGUCGACAGGUCAACGUCCGAUACCGUGACGAUACCUCCAGCCAAGACCGUGGCAAGCCUGUGCCAUUGGACGAGGCUAUCGAGAAGCUUAAGAAGCUUGGCGAGGAGCGCGGCACCUACAACCCUUUCCCUUCGAUCGCCAAGCCUGCGUCCAAGGCAUAA